UCCCAAGUAUCAAUUUAUUAUUUUGUGAUAAAUUCCAGUACCUACCUACUGAAGAUAUUGAGAAUUUUAAGAGCAAAAGAAAUUCCAUUAUUUUAUUUAUAUUCAUAUUUGCCGGUUCUCGUAAACGUUUCGCAACUUUUAGUUAUCAAAUGAACACGUUGAAGAUAAUUCAUUCUGAGAUUCGGAGAUUAUCAUGAGGAUCCUCAGUUCUAUUGAAAGUUAACCUAUUUUUGAUUCUGUUAUCUUUAUCGUAGUGAGUGAAUGAUAACUUUGAAUGCAUUAAUCUUUCCUAUAUUUAAUUCGUACGUGAACGGAAAUUCAUUUAUAAGUCUUUAUUUCUUUAUUAUAAUUUUCGGAGUAUAUUACCCACGUCAACUAAAAUUUUAGGGAUGUUUCCACUAAAUAUUGAAUUUGCUCCCCUCAGCAUACCCAUCGAAAGGAGACUUCAAACAUUGGGUGUACUGCUUAUCCUUACAAUACAAGUGAUUAGUUUUAUAAUUGUUCCAAUUGUAUCCUUAUACAUAGUGUUUUAUACUAAGUUAUGGUGGCUAUUCAUUAUUUAUAUUGCUUGGUACCAAACUAUUGAUAGAGAAACUCCUGAAAGAGGUGGCAGAAGAUGGGAGUGGGUUAGAAAUUGGUGGCUCUGGUCUCACGCAAGAGAUUACUUCCCAAUGAAAAUGGUGCAACUUCCAUGGGGUGAAUUAGAUCCUAAACGCAACUACGUUUUCUGCUAUUUCCCUCAUGGGAUGUUGGCAACAGGAGCUUUCAUAUCUUUAGCGACAAAUUCUACAGGAUUUAACGAUCUUUUUCCACAUCAUACACCAUAUGCCCAUACGAUAUCUGUUCUCUUCGAGCUACCAUUUUUACGAGAGGUCGUAUUGUGGCUGGGAGGUCUAUCAGUGACUUCAAAAUCCAUAAAUUACAUCUUGCAGAGACCAGAAGGAGGAAAUGUUUCAGGUAUUGCAGUUGGUGGUGCGGCUGAAGCUUACUAUUGUAAACCUGGACUCAACAAACUAGUGUUCAAGAAAAGGAAAGGUUUCAUCAGGUUGGCCCUGCAAAAUGGAUCGCCACUAGUGCCAGUGUAUUGUUUUGGUGAGACUGAUCUAUAUUCACAAUGGGAUAUCGAAAACAACCUAUGGUUUGACCGAUUUCGAAAUUGGGUAAAGAAGAUGACUGGUUUUGCCAUUAUUUUUCUCAAAGGUCGAGGAAUAUUUCAAUAUUCUUUUGGCAUUCUUCCGCAGAGAAAUUCUGUAACUAUAGUUGUUGGCGAACCAAUAGAUGUCCAGAAAACCGAAGAUCCAACUAAAGAACAGAUCGAUGAUUUGCAUCAACUUUUUGAAAAUAAACUAGUGGAACUAUUCGAGAGUCAAAAGAAAUAUUAUUUGAAAAAUCAUGAAACGUCACGUUUAGAAAUUUGUUAAUAUUCAUAUUUAUUUAUAACAGUUAUGAUUAAGAAAUUAAAGAAACUGUUCAUAU